AUGCCUUCUAUUCACCCGCUGAUCGAUAAUGGUAUUACCAAGGGCGACGAGCACUUCAAGGGUGGCAAGCUGUACUGCCACUGCCCCUCCAACAAGGUCGAAGUCACCUUAUCCAGCAACGUCGCGCAUAACCACGCCUGCGGAUGUUCUAAGUGCUGGAAACCAAAAGGCGCGCUCUUCUCAGUGGUCGGUGUAGUCCCAGUUGAUGCACUCUCCGUCACCGCAAAUGGCAACAAGCUUCACGUCGUCGAUUCAUCCGCGGCCAUACAGCGCAAUGCCUGUAAGGACUGCGGCGUCCAUCUCUUCGGCCGCAUCGUCAACGACCAUCCGUUCAAGGGCCUGGACUUCGUGCACGUGGAGCUGAGCGACAGCAAAGGAUGGCAGGAACCCCAAUUUGCUGCAUUUGUGAGCAGUAUUAUCGAGCAGGGUUUCCCGCCAAAUCAGAUCGACGCUGUCCGGGAGAAGUUCAGGAAGGAGGGCUUGCAGACGUACGAUGUCCUGAGUCCGACACUCAUGGAUCUGAUCGCGACGUAUACUGGUCAGAAGAGCGGCAAAUUAUCAUCAAAGUUGUAG